CGGCGAGCAGCGGCCGCGCGGGGCCCGCCGGCAGAUAGCAGUCCUCCAGUGUCAACCCAUACCAUGGAUGUGGAUGUUCUACAGAAACUUAUUCAUUUGCUCCAGGCCACAGAUGAUCCAUUAAUUCAAGAGCAAGCUUUAAUCACUCUCAGCAACAGUGCUGCCUUCUCUGUAAAUCAAGAUAUAAUCCGAAAUUUGGAUGGUCUUUCUGUUAUUGGAGGGAUGCUUUCCAACUGCGCUCCCAAAGUUAAAGAAAAAGUGCUAAAUGCACUUAACAAUUUGAGUAUGAAUAUUAAAAAUCAGGAAGAGAUACAGGUAUUUAUUGCACAAGUUUGUAGGACUGUUGAGUCAGCUCCCCUGAACUCUGAUGUGCAGCUAGCUGGACUCAGGCUGUUGACAAAUAUGUCUGUUACCAGUGACUACCACCAAAAGAUGAUAAAUUCAAUUCCAUGCUUUCUUCAUUUGCUUUCAGAAGGAACUGAAAGGACACAGAUUCAUGUUUUGAAAGUACUUGUGAACUUAUCUGCAAACCCAGCCAUGACAAGACAUCUUCUCAGAGCUCAAGUGCCAUCAAUGUUGUUACUUUUUGACAACUAUAUAAACAGAGAGAUUCUAGUUCGAGCCCUGGCAUUUACAGCAAACUUGAAAAAGAACAUGAAUGAUGAAGAAGGCACCAUCAUUGAGGAAUACAGUGAAGACUCAAUUUUCUUCACACUCUGCAGGGACUCUGCCCCAUUUGCUCAGAGACUGGCAUCUUUGCUGCAUCACCCUGAUACAGAAGUGAAAGAACAAGUUGUGAGAAUAUUAAUGCAAUAGUGUUGUUUUCUUAAAACAGAAUGACCUGGUGAAAAUAUCUAAUCUUGGCAAUGCUAUGUAAAAAAGCAUGCAACAAGUAAACAAUGCAACAGAGGAAAAAAAAACAAACCUAAAUACUAUCAUUUUAAUAGGCACAAAUGAGUUACUACAAAAGAGAAUGCAGUGUAUUUAAUACAGAUUUUUUUUUACAAGCAGGAGAAAAGCAAUAGCUUAAUUAUUACCGAUAAACCACUGCACGGUUGCUACAUUUAUGCAAUGGGGACAAACAGUUUAAAACAUGAAAACAUUCAUAUGUAAAAUGAACAUUUUGAAUGGAUGAGUGAAGUGAAUGUAUAUAUCCUUGGCAAUAUCAAAUAUCAAUUACAGUUGUUGAAGAAAUACCUCUUUAGAAGCGUGCAUUAAAGAUAUAGCAAUUAGAGAUUAGGCAUUUAUAUUUUAUUAGUCUAUGAAAAGGUACAGCCAAAUCUUACAAAAUAAUAUUAAAUAAAGAACAAUACCAAACUAUCAUUGGCUUCCUACAGAAUUUGUAUCUUCAAUGAAAGCUGCAUACUUAAGUCACCAAACCUAGGUUUUUUCAUCUUUCCUGCAAGGAAUUUAUUCUAAAACUUCAUUCUUGUAUGCUUAGUAUAUCUAUUCCAUUUAGCUAAACUACAGUGCAGUUAAUCACAACUGUGAAAAGUUCGUACACUUGAACAAAAAUUGAUAGCAUUUUAUAUUGCUUUAAAAUUGUCACUUAAGGGAAAGCAGAUAUAUUUUUAAAAAUAUUUUAUUAGGAGUCAAGGAUUAUCUGCAACUACAAUUUAGCAUUCUCAUUAUAAAAAAAAAAUUCUACAAGAGCAGUAUCAUACACAUUUUUAAAAAAGCUUCUAAUUCUGUAGCAGCCCUUGUGUUUCCUUUCCUUGAAGAUCUUUACUCCUCCUUUUUUUUUUUUUUCUGCAACUGGAACAUCAUUAGAAUGAGUGCUUCUGCAGAAUUAGUCCCCAUAAAGUUUUAGUCAUCAAUCCAGCACUAAUUCAAAAUGAAGUGGAAUCCAUACAAACAUCACUGUAAAAGAACCUGAACAGAGUUUCACUGAUGAACAGAAAACAUACUGGAAAAUACCUUGAAAACCAGACAACUGAAAACUUCCACUACAGAAAAACUAAAAAAGGUAUCAGAUGUAAAGGCUAGGAAAGUUUUCCACUUUGUUUCAUUUUUAAGAGAACUGUAUCACCUAAACUAUUUCCAAGUGCUUCAUCUUUCUUAUUUAGUAAACUCACUCUGCUCUUCAGAAAACAUUACUAUCUUCUCCUUCUGUAAUGCCAUAGAUACUUAUUUUCAGAAGGUCACUUUGCAAAUAGCUAAAACUGCAAGAAAAAUAUGACCUUGAAACUGUGACACACCCAUGCCCUGGAUCAAUACAGGGGUAUUAGAUACAGCUACAUGUAUCUAAUUUAUCCACAU